GUCAGUGUCCGGGCGGAACCUUUGUCCUGGGCCGCUGUUCGUCCUGUGACGCGAACAUGCGCUGAACACUUCCGGGGGCUGGUGGAGAUGGCGUUGGGCAGCGCUGUGCGGCUGUGGAGGUUUUUGCUUUCUUUACAGCUAAAAUCUUCUGAAAGAUUGCCUCCUGCUAUGUAUCCCGUGCACAGUAUGCCCCGGCGGAACAAUUCUAAUAGAACUUCGGUAGUUCGCUGUGGAAGACAGGUUUAUGCCAGACUCUAUCCUGUUUUGCUGGUUCGACCUGAUGGAUCCACUAUCAAUAUUCGAUACAAGGAACCUAAAAGAAUUCUUACAAUGCCAGUUGAUGUUUCCCUUCUGCCAGAAGCUGAACGGAAAGCAAGAAUGCGCAAACGUGAUCCCAAGAGAUCCAGAAUGAAAGAGGAACAAUAUGAAGAUGAAUUUAAAAUUGACAAUUAUAGCCAAUUCUGGAAGAAAAAGUAACUUUUAGGAUUUUGAAAUGCAGAACUGUCACCAGACUGCUUAAUUGGCGGGUUGAAGCCACUGAUACCUUGACUGAUGUACAGUGCUAUUGUGUAAUGGUGUGUAGUGGUUCUAUUUGUAUGUUCUGAUCCAUUUGUGUUCCUGACAUCAAGUUUGUUUCUAUGGAAAAGCCAUGGAAUAAAUCUUGUUUUUAUUUCUAA